AUGCUCCCGGAUGAGCUCAGCAAACGGGCUGUAUUCGACACUUAUGACUAUCCGGCUCCGGCAUUCGUCCACGGUCGCGUGUGUAUCUCCGGAGAUGCGGCAUAUGCGGCCGCACCUUACCAUGGUGCUGGGGCUGACUUUGCAGUGGAAGACGCAACAGUUCUUGCACAACUUCUUCUUGCUGCGGACGAGUAUACUAAAUCGUAUGAUGUUGGAAAUGGCGGUAUCACGAAGCCUAAUUUAGUACGCACGGCCCUCGAGACCUACAACUCUAUCCGUCUCGAGCGAGCACACUCGUUGGUGAAGACAAGCAGGCACAUCGGCGAAAUUUAUGAAGGCCAGAACGCGGACGUCGGACUUAACUCUAAGAAAUGUGCAGAAGAGAUUGAUUGGCGUUGUCGAAAGGUUUGGCACUAUGAUAUUGAUGAAAUGAUGAGAGAGACAUAG